AUGAAAAUAGAUAUUCAUCGCCAUUACAACGUGAGAACAGUGAGCUUGGGAACAAUCUUGGGAAGUGAACUUGAGAACAGUGACCUUGGGAACAGUGAACCUGAGAACAGUGAGCUUAAGAACAGUGAACUUGGGAAAAGUGAACUUGAGAAAAGUGAACCUGAGAAAAGUGAACUUGGGAAAAGUGAACUUGAGAAUAGUGAACUUGAGAAAAGUGAACUUGAGAUCAGUGAACUUGAGAACAGUGAACUUGGGAACAGUGAACUUGAGAACAGUGAACUUGAGAACAGUGAACUUCAGAACAGUGAACAUGGGAACAGUGAAAUUGAGAACAGUGAACUUGAGAACAGUGAAUUUGGGAACAGUGAACUUGAGAACAGUGAACCUGAGAACAGUGAACUUGAGAACAGUGAACUUCAGAACAGUGAACCUGAGAACAGUGAACUUGAGAACAGUGAACUUGAGAACAGUGAACUUGAGAACAGUGAACUUGAGAACAGUGAAUUUGAGAACAGUGAACUUGAGAACAGUGAACUUGGGAACAGUGAACUUGAGAACAGUGAACUUGAGAACAGUGAACUUGAGAACAGUGAACUCGAGAAUAGUGAACAUGGGAACAGUGAAAUUGAGAACAAUGAACUUGAGAACAGUGAAUUUGGGAACAGUGAACUUGAGAACAGUGAACCUGAGAACAGUGAACUUGAGAACAGUGAACCUGAGAACAGUGAACUUGAGAACAGUGAACUUGAGAACAAUGAACUUGAGAACAGUGAACUUGAGAACAGUGAACUUGAGAACAGUGAACUUGAGAUCAGUGAACUUGAGAACAGUGAACUUGAGAACAGUGAACUUGAGAACAGUGAACUUGAGAACAGUGAACUUGAGAACAGUGAACUUGGGAACAGUGAACUUGAGAACAGUGAACUUGAGAACAGUGAACUUGAGAACAGUGAACUUGAGAACAGUGAAAUUGAGAACAGUGAACUUGAGAACAGUGAACUUGAGAUCAGUGAACUUGAGAUCAGUGAACUUGAGAACAGUGAACUUGGGAACACUGAACUUGAGAACAGUGAACUUGAGAACAGUGAACUUGAGAACAGUGAACUCGAGAAUAGUGAACUUGGGAACAGUGAACUUGAAAUCAGUGAACUUGAGAACAGUUAA